UCGGAAACCCGGGGGUUGCAAGCUACACCGGUCCGCAGUGGUUCCGCGGACAGCGAUAACGCCGCUACGUACCUCGCGGGCUCCCGUGGCCAUUUUUUCCGCUUGCAAAACUGUACGCGAACCGGAAGCUGUUUCCGCGCCGGAUGUCACCGGCCGUUGUCGCGCUCCGCGCCAAUUCCGGUUUCGACGUACCGAGAUUAGCGAGUCGCGAUAAAACACGCCGUGCGUCCGUAUUCUGAUUAAACGGAAGCAAAUUGCGGCGACGAAGAAUAAGGGGAUCAACGUUGACGAGCGACAGGUGCAGUGAGGUCGUUUGCUAAUUAAGUAUGUUACGCGAGUCUGAGGCACACGCGUUAGAUUCGACGAAGAGGAAGCGACUGCGCUGGACGAGGACUGUUUGCGACGGUUUUAAUAAAUGGAAGAUGGAUUCCAGCGCGAUGGACGGAUUUAAUAAUGAAUUGACACAUGGAUUGGCGUCGAAAAGUAUCAUUCGCUACGUCCUUCUUGAAGAUAUUGUGUGAUCACACGAAGAGAGUUGCAUACUUGACGAUAACUAGUUACGAUGAACGUUUACAACGUAAUCGCACUGCGACCAUACAUAAAUAAUUUGCCAAGUCAGACUUUAAAAAAAGAAAAAAUGUUCAGCUUGUAUUUAAAUUUGUUUAAGCUUGUAAUUAAGUUCGAACUUUUGAUAAUUGACCUUGAAAUUCACUGAUUAUAUUAUAUAAAUAUAUAUAGUUGCAUUUUGAUUGUAAGUGCUUGGACAGUCUUUGUAAUUUUUUGCCGCAUUUUAUUCACAAGUUUUAUCCUUUUCCUUUUUUUAAGAGAUUAAUUCAUCAGCCCGUUAAUUUUGAAAAUUUAAUUUUGAAAACCAGUAUGAAAUAUAAAAAAAGAAAGGAGAUGAAUCUCAAAGUAAAAAGAAAAAUAGAAACUAUCAAGGAGAGAGGUCUCACACUAUCGCGAAUUGUUGUUACAUAACUAAAGUGUGCUUUCAAUGUUAGCAACGUUGUCAUCAAUUACUAACUUCAUCUACUUGAAUCAUUAAAACGAUUUAAUUAUGACUAGCUUAAUCUGGCCUGUUCGUGCGGCAAUUUUUUGAGGAUUCAACAAAGCGGUAAUAAUUAAUAAAGCGGGACAGUUGCGUGUGUAAAAUGACCAACAAGCGUAAGCCAUUUUCUCAUUACUCUCACGUGAAGCGUGUUAAAUGUGGACGGAAUAUUCAUUCAGUACGCAUUGAAUCGCUCGUUUGAUAUUCCUCGGGGAACAGAACGAAGCGAUACGAAUGAUAAUCAUCUGGUGCAUUAAUUGCUGCUGCUGAUGAUUGACGAAUGAAGCGAACGGCCGCAACAACCGCAAGAAAUACAAACAUCAUUCACGUUAAUACGCGGCACAAGUCGAGGGCAAAUCCGAAUCAAGAGAUGAUAGGGGAAAACAAAUGUUCGCUUGACGCUAUUCUCACGAGUCUGGUGUUUGAUUAAGACACGUGCUCCGUAGCGGAAAUUGACAUCAGCCAGAUUUGCCGAUUCGCAUCGGCUGCGCCAACAAGAGAGCAAGAAACCACGACAACCACCGGUGCGGUGCACACACGGGGAUCCACGGGGGUGCGGAAUCGGCGCUUUACCUAUAGCAUCGCCUCGAGCGUGGGAAAGGACCUCCUCCGUCGGUCUCGCGAAUCCCGUAACGCGGAUUAACGUAACGUUAUCCAGCGAGCGAACCCGGAAGAGGGACAGCCACCCAAGAAAGUGACGCCUCAGCCGUCUCGGCUUCAACGAUCGAAGAUGAACGCCUGCCUGGUGCAUCAGUUGAUCGGGACUUCCGUCACCUAAAGUUAUCCCAUAGCUUUCUCUCUCUGUUCCUCUCCCUCCUCCUUUCUUUCUGCCUCUCUCAUCCGAACAAGAGGAGGACCCUACGCGCUCGUUGGCGGCACGGACCGCCAUUGAGCGCGGAUGACCACGAAGACGACGUACGAGCCGCAGGUCCCCUCGUUCGGCGCGAUGUCGCUGCUGGACGUCACCUCGACCGAGGAGGACCCGUACGCCAACGGCACCGAGGUGAACGCCGUGGAGGUCACCUGGCCGAACGUGCCGUCCACCAUCAUGAAGGUGAUUCUGAUCUGCGUGCUCGGCUCGAUCAUCGUCACCGCCCUGUUCGGCAAUCUUCUGGUGAUGGUGUCCGUGAUGCGGCACAGAAAGCUGCAGAUCAUCACCAACUACUUCGUGGUGUCGCUCGCGCUCGCGGACAUGCUCGUGGCGAUGUUCGCGAUGUCGUUCAACGCGAGCGUGCAGAUAUACGGCCGGUGGCUGUUCGGCUACUUCAUGUGCGACGUGUGGAACUCGCUGGACGUGUACUUCAGCACAAGCUCGAUCCUGCACCUGACGUGCAUCUCGAUCGACCGUUACUACGCGAUUGUGAAACCGCUCAGGUACCCCGUCGACAUGACGAAGAGGGUGGUGAAGUUCAUGCUGCUCUCCUGCUGGCUGGCGCCGGCCCUCAUCUCGUUCGUGCCAAUCUUCAACGGCUGGUACACCACCGAGGAGAACAGCGUGCACCGGCAUAAGCACCCGGAACUCUGCGAGUUCAAGGUCAAUAUGGUAUACGCCAUAGUGUCGUCCAGCAUCUCCUUCUGGAUACCUUGCAGCAUCAUGGUGAUCAUGUAUUACCGGAUCUUCAAGGAGGCGAACAAGCAGGAGAAGCAGAUGCACAGUCGGAUGGGAAACGCCAUGCUGCUCAGUCACAGACCAAGCAAGGAUCUCAACAAUAUCAAUGGCGAGCUCAACAGCGGCGGCUCCUCGAAGACGCUGACGUUGAACGAGAUCAACACUGAACACUCGGUGCACACACCUACGAAAGAUAGGAAUAUGAUGACGAUGAAGAGAGAGCAUAAGGCGGCGAGGACGCUUAGCAUCAUCAUGGGUACAUUCAUUAUCUGCUGGCUGCCGUUUUUUCUCUGGUACGUCAGUACGGCGGUGUGCGACACCUGUCCGUGCCCGGACAUCGUGAUCGCGAUCCUCUUCUGGAUCGGGUACACGAACUCGGCGUUGAAUCCAUUGAUCUACGCGUAUUUUAACCGUGACUUUCGAGAAGCGUUCAAAAACACCCUGCAGUGCGCCUUCUGUUCGCUCUGUAGGCGGGAGCCGUCUGAUCUUGAAGCGCUGGACUUCCGUCGGCCAUCCCUCAGAUACGACGAUCGUACCAAGAGCAUAUACUCGGAGACGUACACGAAGCACAUCGACCGACGAAGAUCGAGUGAGUUCGGCAGCAGCCUCUGAGACGAAGCUACGUUUCGAUUCUAAGCGCAACGUACGAGGAGCAUAUGUACAUCUUCAUACACACCCGCGAGGGCGCGCUCCCACACGUACCCACCAAUCCACCCACUCACACACCCACAUAUCCACACAAACACAUGCAUGUCGCGCGCCG